AUGGGUACAAGUUGUGGUACUCCGGUAGUGAGAGGCGUAGGUAUUUUAGUGGAUGAGGAGCUUAGGGGGCAGGUUGUGGAGGUUAAAAAGGUUAGUGAUAGAGUGAUGACUAUUAAGUUGAUCGUUGGAGGGUCUUCUUUGAACAUUUGUAGUGCUUAUGCACCAAAGGCGGGCCUGGACGAGGAGGAGAAAAAGAGAUUUUGGGAGGUUUUGGACGAGGUGGGGGACGUGGAUAGUACAUGGGAUAGGGCUGCGGGAUGCAUCAAAGAGUCUACUAGAGAGGUGUUGGGUGUCUCUAGGGGCUGGUCUAGCAAGUAUCAGGGGGUUUGGUGGUGGAAUGAAGACGUUAAGAAGAAGAUGGAGACGAAAAAAGCAGCUUAUGUUAAGUUGGUGGAGAGUAAGGAUGAAGAGGAGAAAAGAGUUAGCAGAGAGGAGUAUAAGUUAGCUAAGAAAGAGGCUAAGUUAGCAGUUAUAGCUGCUAAGACAGCAACUUUUGAGAUUUUGAUUGAGGAGUCGCAGCAAGGUGUUAGCGAUAAGCUGGAGGUUUAG